CUGACACGUAAGAUCCCUGCGUAAAAUUUAAGGAAGAAGCUGCAUCUUUUCCAUGAGCUGAAAUUGGAUACAACUGCCUCACCUCAGACUUGAUGAAUAGUUGAGCUGUCCCGUACGAGAAGCCCUGUUAGAGCGUCUCGGAAGCGACCCGAAGCGCAGGACCGUUAGACAGAGAGAGCCGACGCUUAAAAUGAGAUUUUCAGUGUUUAUUUCUGUCCUGCGGUCUCUCGGCCCGGUGGUAAUCGGCAUUUCUUUAGGGUUCACGUUGAGUUUACUGAGUGUAAGCUGGACCGAAGAAGCGUGCCCUCUUGACGGUAAAGAGGGUGAAGAUGUGGCUUCAGGUCAGGAUGGACUGCUUAAAGGAGCCAGAAAACCAAACUCUAUUUCGACUGUCAAUGAUGUGGAGUCCGAAGAGGAUUUUCAGCCAAGAAUAGUCCCAUACAAACAAGUCCAAAGUUCACCAAAGAAAGUUUUCCGGGCUAAAUACAUCAGCACAGAGUUGGGGAUGCGAGAGCGCCUGUUUGUCGGGGUUCUGACAUCCAAAAACACCAUCAACACUUUGGCCGUGGCUGUUAACCGCACCAUUAGCCACCACUUGGACACUGUGGUCUUCUUCACUGGUUCGCGCAACCGCAAAGUCCCUCAUGGCAUGUUUGUGGUUUCUCACGGAGAUGAGAGACUGAUAUGGAAUAUGUUUCAGACCAUCAGAUACAUUUUUGAACAUUACAUCAAUGAAUAUGACUGGUUCUACUUUGUCCAAGACGAUGCCUACACAGAAGCCGACCGGAUCAAAGCCUUGGUGGAGCACUUGAGUAUGGACCGAGAGCUUUACAUGGGCAGCCCUGAGGAGUUCAUAGGUGGGGAGAUGGAAGGGAAGUACUGCUACGGAGGGUUUGGCUACCUGCUGUCACGGAGCCUGCUCGUGAGACUUCAGCCCUUCCUGGAAAACUGUAGGAAUGACAUCCUGAGCUCGAGGCCUGAUGAGUGGCUAGGAAGAUGCAUCAUUGAUUACACUAGCACAAACUGUGUUGGUGAAUAUGAGGGACUUGAGUACCACCAUUAUGAGCUGGGAAAAAAUUCUGAUCCCAAUAAAGAACAGAAUGAACAGUUUAAGAAAGCGCUGACCGUCCAUCCAGUGUCUGAACCUGAACAAAUGUACCAGCUGCACAGAUACUUCUCUGAGAUUGAACUCCAGAAGACUUAUGAUGAGAUUACUAAACUGCAGGCAGAGAUUAAAAAUGUGAGCGUGGUUGCUUUUGAGGGAAACCGAAGCGCUCAGUGGCCAGUGGGCGUCAAUCCGCCGUUUGAGCCCAAAUCUCGGUUUGAGGUUCUGAAGUGGGAAUACUUUACAGAGGAGGAAAUUUAUUCAUGCAUAGACGGAGCUCCCAAGUGUGAGCUGCGCGGCAUUGACAAAAUGGACGUAGCAGAUGUCAUAGACACAGCCGUUGAGGAGCUGAAUAAGAAGUACAUGCCAGUGUUGCACCUUAAGAAACAGCAGCUGAUUAAUGGUUACCGGCGCUUCGACCCUACCAGGGGCAUGGAGUACACCUUAGACCUUCAGCUCGAGGUCGUUAAUCAGAAAGGCCACAGCCGUUCCAUAACCAAGAGGGUUCAUCUGGUACGACCUUUAAGCCUCAUAGAGAUAAUUCCUAUGCCCUAUGUCACCGAAGCAACAAGGGUUCACAUCAUUAUACCGCUUAUGCUGGAAGACCGGAGUUAUGUCAACCAUUUCCUGGAAGUCUUUGCUUCAAAUGCCUUUGAGACCAGUGAAAAUGCAAUCCUCACGUUUUUGUUUAUUUAUGACCCUGUGGAGGCUCAACACGUUAACCAGAACGAUAUAUUUGCCGGAGUCAAAACUCAGAUAAAUGCAUAUGAACGCAAAUACCCAACCGUAAAAAUCCCGUGGAUAAGCGUCAAGACGGAAAUACCAUCCCAGAUCAAAUUCAUGGACAUAAUCUCAAAGAAGCACCCAGUGGACACUUUGUUCUUUCUGGCUCACAUCAACACGAACAUCAAUGCCGAAUUUCUAAACCGCUGCCGCAUGAACUCCAUAAACAACUGGCAGGUGUUCUUUCCCAUCCACUUCCAGGAGUACAACCCCGACGUGGCCUAUCACAACCAGCCACGCCCGGCCACAGUCGACCUGGUCAAGGAUGCAGGACAUUUCGACCGCAGGUCUUUUGAUGAAGCAUGCUUUUACAACUCAGACUACAUGGCAACGCGCUCUCGAAUGGUAACUGACGUCCAAGAGAAUGAAGAUAUUCUCGAAAGUCUGGAUAUCUAUGACAUGUUUGUAAAGUAUUCAGGACUACACAUUUUUAGGGCAGUAGAGCCGGCACUACACCAGCAAUACCACUACCAGUCCUGCAACCCAAAACUCAGUGAAGACAUCUAUCACAGAUGUGUUCAGAGCAACGUGGAAGGCCUUGGGUCUCGAUCUCAGCUUGCCAUGUUGUUGUUUGAGCAAGAGCAAGGAAACAGUACUUGAAAGUAUCAAACUUCUGACCCUGCUUGUUUUUAAGUGGAUAUGUCUGUUGGUGAAAAGUUUACUAUCACCUAUGAGCUAAACCCUACAUUUCCCCUCAUUAAGUCCAUGUUUGCUGCCGUCCUGUGUGCAUUGAGGGCUAAUUGGUUUACCUAAGUUCUUAGCGAGUUUUGAUGAAUAACAAAACUGUUUUAUAUGAUACUUCUUCUCACGGAUAAGUUGCUGAAUCUAAACGUUUUUGCUACGCUGACAUAUUUAGAAAUUGCAUCAAGCAAUUUUUGACCACUUGAAGGCAGAAACUCAGCAAUAGAUUUUUUUUUAUUGCUUUUUCAUUUGAUCUUUUAAAAAAUAGUUGAAGUAUUCUCUAAAACAAUAUUUUUGGAGAAAAUCUGUGAGCAUUCAUGAGGAGCCUGGCAUUAGAUUGGCUGCUAAGAACUGUGAUUAGUUAGGGUUAGGGUUAAUAUCCGGGACUGCUUACAGUCAGGAGGAAAAUGUCAGGGUUAGCCAGUCAGAGGCAAAGUAUGGCGGGUCAUGGCUUUUCCACGCUACAAAAAGAAAAUUCACAUCUGUCACAAAUCCAUAAAAAAGAAGGACUACAUACACAAGUCAUUAGAGCAAGUAUUUACUCAGGUUUGAUCACAAGUUUGGUUCAUGAGCUGCUGAAGAAAUACUUUGCUCUCUGUAAUUUUGCGUGUAAUAGACUUAUGUGAGCUAAUGUACCGGCUACAACGGCUCAUGAAUUGUUUGGGGGUGGGCAGUUAAACCAGUAAACCAAAAAAAAAAAAAAAAAAAAUCAGUGGCUAGAGAUAAAAAGCUUUAGUGGGUUGCUGCUUUUCUGUGGGAUCAGAUGUAGAAGCAGCGACUCCUUCACAUGUAGGGAAAUGUCCUUUAACACGAUUUCCAGAGGUUCUUUUAAACGAGAGCUUCCCUUUGAGCUCUAUAAGACUUAGAUCGAGAUAUUGCACCACUGUUUGUGUGCCCUGAUGUUAAGGGCAUUCAUUUGAGUAUUGCACUUUUGAUACUUAACUGGUUUGAGUAUUUACAAAAGUGUGAAUUUGUAUAAUGUGCCUUCACAGACUUUUCAUAUGUUGGCUGUUUUUGAAAAGAUUUUUAUGUCCAGUUUUGCAUUUCACCGCUUCAGGUGAAGCACACCAGAUGAUUAUUAUUAUUUUUAUAUUAGAAACAUGUAUAACCAUUUUGAAAGGAUGGGAGAUGUAAACUUUCACUGUGGAUGACGCCUGUUCCAGCUGGGAGACCGAUGUGGGUUCUUGGUUAUAUUUUUUAUAUAUAUAACAAACUUGGACAUGUGACAGUUCCAACCAUCUAUAGGCUGUGCAUGUGCAUCAAAGCACGAAAGGCUUCUCUGGGAAGUAUCUCUUGGUUUUCCACAUGUAAUACAUGAAGACUUUAGUUUGUUUCUCUUUGGAAACCUUUUAAUAUCAUAAGAAACUUUAUAAGCCAGAAGCAAAACAGACUAAUGGAAAAAUUGUGGGAAUGUCAUUGUGGUGAAUGUCUGAAGCGUUGCUGAGACUUUUAAUUGAAGCAAAGUACUUCAGAUUAGAAAAUAUUUAGGUCAGAAAUAUUUUCCCACAUAAACAAUGUAGCUGUUCUAAAUUGCUUUGGAUUGUAUUGUUGAAAUAUUUCGGUGUCCUUGUCCUCCGUUUUGUGAGCUCAGUGGUUGGGAAAUGCAGUGAGUUUUUUUUUUUUUUCUGUCACUGAGUAGUAACGGAUGUAGCGGUACUGAACAUAAUUAAGUUAUUAGUUCGAUAUAAUGUGCAAUAUUACAGAUGAUACAGCUGGACAGGCAACUCUGAGGACGGUACGAUUCUUUUCAAAGAUAUUUGCUUCAAAUACAGCAGUGUGUAUGUAUCACAGUACUGUUCAUGUCUCAUGCUGUCUGUUUGAUGCAAAGUAAAUACACUGUAAUUUCUUUGAAAGGACCUUUUUAUGUAUUAUACUCUCACUAGACACUUUUGGUCUUCAAUUUCACUUUGAAAUGCAUAAAACUGAGGCGAGUCCUUUUAUUUAACUGUAAUUGGAUUUAAUAUAUAUGUUGGAAACACUACAUCUACAGUGGUGGUCCUCAGCAGUGUUUUUGCUGUUUUCUUGGGGCCUGGUGAGCACAGAGCAUUCAGGUCAAUUUUGACGGAUUUUUACUUUUAUUUUUCUUUUAAUGAGAGCAUUUUUUUUUUUUUACCAUGACCUCACCAGUUUACCUAGUAUGAAUGUUCUUUUGAAGGGUGUAAUGUUAAAAAUGUUUAAUAUUCAAGGUGAGUCUUACGAAAAAAAAGGAGGAAAAAAUCACUGUGAAAGAGGGAGGGCUGAGAUUAUGAUAUGAAGUUAUUUAGAUGAGAUGUCUUUGCCUUCUGUCGACACAAGAGGCCUAAAGUUCAGGGAGAAGGCAGAAUAAUUAUCCUGUGUUGUUAACACAGCCUCCAUCGCCGAGCAAAGGCUCCAGAUAUUUUGCUCAUAAUUUAUUUACCUGUCAGAUCUCCUGAAUUACGCAGAUUUUCAAUACUUCUGCACUAUCAGAGGCUUUUGUGACCUUCUUUGUACAUAUAUAAAUAUUUUGUAGGCACUCCAUUUUUAAAUUCUUUUAUAGUUUUACACGGCAAGUUGUAUUUUAUAAUUUUUUGUGACAAAAUCAGACACAUUCUUUAUCUUAUUUUAUAUGUUGUGGUCCCAAAAUUUAUGUUAUAUGUUUUGUGCAUUUUGUGUUUAUAUUAAAUCAAAUAAGAUCAUUAUAAAAAGCAUAUAUUUGAAAAAUUUCCAUUCAUGUUUAAACCCACCGGUUUACAUUGUUUUAUGCACAUGGGUACUUAUAAAACCAAAGCAGAACAUCGUAGUUCAUGCACAUGACAUGGGAUUGAUUGCUGUAAUCAGUAAACUGUGAAUUGUUGUAAUUUUUAAAUAAAGGAUAUUUGAUUAUA